AUGACAUCCCAGUACAGAAAUUUCAACCCAAACAGAUGCAACGUAUGCUUCAAGAACUCUCCCGACAAGCCAAACGAGGAAAAUAAUCUAAAAUAUUGCACAAAAUGCAAACUCAUAAAAUAUUGCGGUAGGGAUCAUCAGAAAAUGGACGUACCGAUUCAUCGCGAGUUUUGUUCUGCAGUGCAUUCGGUGCUGAAGAAAAGUGGUACCGAUCAUGUACUGCGCUGUGCUGAACCAUUUCUCGGAUCGCGUUUCAACGCCAAACCGGGCAACCUGACCAAUCUCAUGCAUCACAUCAACUGUUGCAGUUUGUUGUUAUCGAAAAUUUUAAAACGUCCUCUACAUCAUCACGAGCAGCUCAUGAUAAGCUUUGCUUCCUUGUGCAACGUCUGUAUGGAAUACCAGACGAAAAAGUUGUUCCUUUGCGAAGCAUGCCACCAGGUAGCUUACUGCAGCAAGGAGCAUCUGCAAAGUGACCGAGACAAUCAUUCCAAGUGGUGCGAUGGACUGCGUAUAAACUUUUAUUAUAAUGCUAGUCCAGUUAGAUUUCCUGAAACCAAGCAUCCCAUGUUUUGGUUUUCCGAUAGUGUGAUGCACCAAACCCGAUUUCCAAAGGAUACGUUCCAACUGGCAAACGCAAUCAUACAGGAAGACAUCAAAAUCAGCGAAUCAGACCCAGGAAAAGAGGUGACAGAGCAGAUAGAAGGUAUAAAAUUGGCGGGAAUGUUUUCACAGGUAGGGACAAUUCUGUACGCUUUACGUAAAGUAAAUUUGUUGGAGGAAAUAGGUAACGAACUAAACGUGUUUGUGCUUGGAGCGGAAAAAGAACAUCUGUUCUUCAGCACAAUCACAGAAGCAGCGAUUUUCUACUAUUUGCCAAAUUUACGUUGCCUUCGGCUGUUCUUAAUCGGGCCCAAUGUAGAUGAAACACCCAGUAGCGUCAAGCAUUUCGUAGAGAACCGCACGGUCGAGAUCAAAAUAUACCGUUGUCUGUAUCAUGAACUGCCUGCAAAUUCGAAGCUUCCCAAACCGCACCUGGCCAUUGCUUUUAAUUGCGGUUUUAACGAGUUCAUCGGUACGCCUGGACAGACCUGGGACAAUACAAUACGCGAAAUUCUAACCAUUCCAAACCUUCCGUUCGCUUUCACGUCUUACACGCAGAGAGAAUCGGUUGAUGAUACUUGCAUUGUAGAAUUGAUAGCGAAAACAAUUAAAAAGAAUUGCGGAGAACUCGUGUAUGUCAUUCGUAACGCAGUAAAUCCAUUCCGCAAUCCGGUACCACUUCGAAAUCCCAUCCGGGACGAUAUAGAUCAUGUAUUAUAUCACGAAAAUGGAUACCUUUCCAUCGGUGUGAUGCAGCUAGGAUAA